AUGCCAAAAUAUAUAAAAGAAGAUGAACUGAGUCAGGAAUGCAAGAGCCUACUUUCCACUCUUUCUACUGAAAGUGGAUGGGUUUCUAGUGCAACAACUCUAUACAAUUAUCAAGGUUUCUGGCAUCAUGCUAGGCAAUUGCAAGGAGUCCUUUCAUGCCAAAAACACUUUCAGGCUCAAGACACUGAUAUUCUUCUUGUUACAACUCCAAAAUCAGGCACUACCUGGUUAAAAGCCAUCUUGUUUAGCCUACUAAAUCGUACCCGUUUCCAACCAACCCAAGAUGAUCACCCAUUACUCUCAAACAACCCACAUACGCUCGAGCCUUUCUUGGAGCCUAGUCUCUACCUCAAGGAUGAGAACCCGGAUCUUUCAUCCUUCGCAUCUCCGAGACUCUUUUCCACUCAUUUACCAUAUAUAUCAUUACCAAAAUCCGUUCAGGAUUCAAAAUGCAAGCUUGUUUAUCUUUGUAGAAAUCCUAAAGACAUUUUCAUAUCUUUUUGGGCUUACACAAACAAGUUCAGGCUCCAAGAUGUGGGGACUAACUCACUUGAAGAAGUUUUUAAGAAGUUCUGUGAAGGGGUGAGCUUGUAUGGACCAUUUUGGGAUCACAUGCUAGGUUAUUGGCAUGAAAGCUUAAAGAAUCCAGAAAAUGUUUAUUUUCUAACAUAUGAGGAGAUGAAAGAGCAACCAGAUCUUCAUUUGAGGAAACUUGCUGACUUUUUAGGGUGUCCGUUUUCACCAAAAGAAGUGAAAGAAAAUAUGGUUGAUGCUAUUUUGAAAAUUUGUAGCUUUGAUAAUAUGAGUAAUCUGAAGGUGAAUAAGGAAGGGAAGCUUCCAUCAGGCAUAAAUAACAGUGCAUUUUUUCGAAAAGGUGAAGUUGGUGAUUGGAAAAACUAUCUGACAACGGAAAUGGUAGAGCGUCUUGACAAGAUUUGUGAAGAAAAGUUAGAUGGUUCAGGUUUGAAAUUUUAGUUUCCUUUGGUGUGUGUUCUUUUUGUUCUCGAAUGUUUUUUCAAUUGCUUGCAUGUGUGAUCUGGUGGAGAAAUUGGCGAAGAAGUGUGUUUUCCCACCAACUUUGUACACAAAUACUUGUAUGUAAUUGUGAUUAAUAUAAUUAUUAUUUAUCGA